AUGAACGCUGAAAUCUUGCAAAAUAUAAGUGUGUGUCCGUCAGUGUGUCGCGCCCAAAGUGCAGUGAUCUUUUUCCGUGUGACGUGGAAGGUUGUGGGUCUGUACCGUAUAGACUGCGGUCACGCACCACACUGCCUAACAGACCACAGGUGCUGCCUGCCAUGCCCCGCAGCAAGAAGUCACAGCCAGGGUCAUGACCACCGACCCCAGAGGAUGCAGGCCCCCAGGACGAACUACCCUCUGGGCCAGGCCCAAGAGGAUGCAGGCCCCCAGGACGAACUACCCUCUGGGCCAGGCCCAAGGUUGGCACCUGCUCGGAGUGCUAUGGCCUCGGGAGGGGCACUGUCUGAUUCUGGGACUGCUGUGGCUGGUGGCCUAGAAAUGCAGCAAAGGCAACUGGCCCAAUUGGAGGCAUGGCUUAUAGACCGGUUGGGAGCACAGGUGGGGGAUCAGCUGGCCUGCAUGCAGGCACAGAUGCAGAUGCAGAUGCAGGCGCAGAUUCAGGCAUUGGCAACUCUUCUGAAAGGCCAACAGCCCAAACCUUCCAAUGCCGCCGAGGAGAUUUUGCCAGCCGUUGACGCUAUGCUACCACCUUCUUUGUCGACAAUCCAGACCUGCAGUGAGGAAGCUACUGGACAGCAGCCACGUCUGCCUCCAUCAGUGCCUGUGGGCCCACAGCCUCCUGCAUUUGUGGCCUCAUACUCGACCUCUGCAGUAGACGACCAGCUCGUCAGAGAUAGGAGAGACGUUACGGGACCUCAGCAGAUGGCAACUCCUACACCAGGUGUCGUGUCUGCACCACUACCGCCCACCUUGUCAGGGACUGAAGCUGCGACCCAGCCCCGGCCUCCAGUGCUGCCACAGCCAACACAGUAUGGGCCACCUCCGCAAUAUACAGUGCCUGUACUAAAGCCCACUAUCAGCACUCACCGCAUCCUGCAGCAGCUGAUGGCACCCCGGUCUCCUCAUCCCAGUCAUGGCCAGUUCAACCAUGCGAUCGUGCUUGCCCUCAUUCCACACUGA